GCUGCCUGAAUCGUGGGGACGUUUCUCCUCACGUCUACUUCUCCCUGUCUCAACUUUCCUUCAUUCACCCUCGCCCCCGCACCUACUUUUAAGUCCUCGAAAACGUUGAGAGGCACUCCUUUGAGGGGGCUUGCCGGGCGCGCGGGAAACGUUUGGCGUGGUCAAUGGCGGGUCCCCGCGGCCCCAGGGGCUUGGCCACGCCCCACCCUGAGCCCAGCAGCCGAGGCCACCCCCGCCCGUGGGGCGGCCCCGGCCGCGCGCCGGCCCUGCCCAUCCCGAGCCCCGCGGGUGGUUCCUCUCGGGUCACGCCCAACCCGGCCUGCCUGGCCUGCGUCUUCCCGGGCCAGGUCUGAAACCGCCGCUUGGCUGCCUCCAACCUGGAUCGAUGGAAGAGGCGCAGCGCCCGUUCUUUCAUUCUCACAUGGCAUUCAGAACAGCUUCUAUGCCCUCCCCAUUAUGUGAAGCUGAAGAGAGAAAAAGAGAAAAUAUCCGAUCCUUGACUAUGUGUGGCCAUGUUGGUUUUGAGAGUUUGCCUGAUCAGCUAGUCAAUAGAUCCAUUCAGCAAGGCUUCUGUUUUAAUAUUCUUUGUGUUGGGGAAACUGGCAUUGGAAAAUCCACACUGAUUAACACAUUGUUUAAUACUAAUUUUGAAGAACAUGAAGCCUCACAUUUUUGCCCAAAUGUUAGACUUAAAGCUCAGACAUAUGAACUCCAGGAAAGUAAUGUUCGGUUGAAACUGACCAUUGUGAAUACAGUGGGAUUUGGUGACCAAAUAAAUAAAGAAGAGAGCUACUUACCAAUAGUUGACUACAUAAAUGCUCAGUUUGAAGCCUAUCUCCAAGAAGAACUGAAGAUCAAGCGCUCUCUCUUCAACUACCAUGAUUCUCGCAUCCAUGUGUGCCUCUACUUCAUCGCUCCAACAGGCCACUCUCUGAAGACACUUGACCUCUUAACCAUGAAGAAUCUGGACAGCAAGGUGAACAUUAUUCCAGUGAUUGCCAAAGCAGAUACAAUUUCUAAAUCUGAAUUACAGAAAUUUAAGAUCAAGCUCAUGAGUGAAUUGGUCUGCAAUGGUGUCCAGAUAUACCAGUUCCCAACAGAUGAUGAUACUAUUGCAAAAAUCAAUGCUGCAAUGAAUGAGCAUUUACCAUUUGCUGUUGUAGGAAGUAUGGAUGAGGUAAAAGUUGGAAAUAAGAUGGUCAAAGCUCGUCAGUACCCUUGGGGUAUUGUACAAGUGGAAAAUGAAAACCACUGUGACUUUGUAAAGUUGCGAGAAAUGCUCAUUUGUACAAACAUGGAGGACCUACAGGAGCAGACUCAUACUAGGCACUAUGAGCUUUAUAGGCGUUGCAAACUGGAGGAAAUGGGCUUUACAGAUGUGGGCCCAGAGAACAAGCCAGUCAGUGUUCAAGAGACCUAUGAAGCCAAAAGACAUGAAUUGCAUGGUGAGCGUCAGAGAAAAGAAGAAGAAAUGAAGCAGAUGUUUGUGCAGCGAGUAAAGGAGAAAGAAGCCAUAUUGAAAGAAGCCGAAAGAGAGCUGCAUGCCAAAUUUGAGCACCUUAAAAGAAUUCACCAAGAAGAAAGACUAAAACUUGAAGAAAGGAGAAGAGCUUUGGAAGAAGAAAGGAUCCUUUUUUCUAAAAGGAAAUCUAGCUGUGACAUAUUCCUGAACCAAUCCUAUAUGGCAUCGGGUAGUAACAUAAAGAAGGACAAGGACCGUAAGAAUUCCAAUUUUAUGUAACACAGGAGUUCCAGAGCACAGAAGGUCAUCACAAGCAAAAGUAAAAAGUUAUAA